AUGUCUAAUCAGCUUCAGAGGCAUGAAGAAAUUCAACAAGAACUUUUAUGUUUUGGAUACGGAAGGAUUCAACUUGUUAAGGAAUUACAUAAACCGAUUCGACGCAAUUAUCCCCGUCGACGAACAAUAAUUAAAGGUCUUGAUGACUUAUGGCAGAUGGAUCUAGCUGAAAUGAGACCUGCAAGACAUAAUAGAGGAUUUAAAAUGAUUUUGGUAGUUAUCAAUUGUUUUUCGAAAUUCGUGUGGACUCGUCCACUCAAGACGAAAACAGCCGAAGAAAUAACUCGUGCAUUUUCGAGUAUUAUCAGAGGCGGUAGAAUGGCAAAAAAUCUACAAUCAGAUCAAGAAACGGAAUUUUACAAUACUAAAUUUAAAACUCUAAUUUAUUUGAAAAUCGCCGGACCUAGAAAGUUAAAUGUAGGAGAUAUUGUGCGAAUAAGUAAAGCGAAACAUGCUUUUGAAAAAUGUUACACUCCCAAUUUUACAACUGAAUUAUUCAAAAUUACGAAAGUGAAAAUAACGAAUCCUGUAUCGUAUUUAAUAGAAGAUAUGAAUGGAUCACCUAUCAGAGGUUGUUUCUAUGAAGAGGAAUUACAAAAAACCAAAAAUCCCAACAUUUAUCUCGUUGAAAAAGUAUUGAAGAGGAAUCGUAGUAGAAUUUACGUCAAAUGGUUAGGUUUAGAUAAAAAACAUAACGGUUGGAUAUACACUGAUGAUUUGGUAUAG